CUUACUUUCCCUCACCUUGUAUCUCUUAUUCUUUAUUGCUUGUUUCACGGGCCAAAGGACCUUCCUUGAUUUUCUUUCCAAGACGUUUCCGUUUGAUUUUCUCUUUUCUUUUAUUGUUUAUGCAUGCUAUGGCCUUGUCUCUUUUCUUUUCAAAUUGAGUUUGUCAUGCUCUCGGUUAUUUAUUGCAAGACAAAAUUUCUUCUCACUUCUCAAGAAUCUUAUUUAUCUAAUUUAAAAGUGGACUUGAAUUCCAAAACUUGACCCUCUGAAGGUGAAAAAGGAUCAAGUCUUUCAGUUCAGACAACAAAACUAGCUAGUUCAUUCUCUUAUCCAACAAUACAAUGGCAUGUGAAAAACUCAUCAAAUUUGCUUAUCAUAGGUUCAACACAAGAAAAUUCAAUGGCACUACCAACAGAAUGAGCUCAAAUUGGAGAAAUCGUAUGAAGAAAGAGUUGGAAAGUGGAAAAAUUGCAAAACAAGAAGAAAGUCAACACCACCAAUCUCACCCUGUUUGCAUAUACAGGGUUCCAUCAAACAUGCGCCAGGUCGAACCGAAAGCCUACAGACCCAACAACAUCUCAAUCGGUCCUUGUCACUACGGAGCACCUCAGUUAAAAAACAUGGAAGAUCUCAAGAAAAAGUUUUAUCGCCGCCUCUUCCAUCCGAUGAACGAUGAAAACGGCACCAAACUAGAUGAGGCUUUUAAGUUCCUUGAGGAAAAUGAAAACAAGGUACGAGGAUGUUACAUGGAGGACAUCAAACUCAGCAGCGAUGAGUUUCUACAAAUGAUGUUGGUGGAUUCCUCUUUCGCGGUUCAGCUCUUGAGGAAUCUAUCCGCGUGUGAAUUCGGACACAUCCCUUGCCUUAGCAGCAAGUGGAUGCUUCCCAUGAUUCGCCGCGAGAUGAUCAUGCUUGAAAACCAGCUUCCAAUAUUUGUUUUGAGCAAGUUGUUCAAUCUGACUAGUACUGAUCCUUCUUCGCAACCAUGUACGAGUCUCAAAACGCUCGCUCUUCGGUUCUUCUACCCUUUGUUACAAGUAGAUCCAGAAAACUAUCCUGAAUGUGAGAUAGCUGAGGAGUUAACAGAGCUUCACUUUCUCGAUCUUCUUAGGUCGAGCAUUAGGCCGAAACUCGAAGGACAAAAACCAAGAAGAUCUCAGCAUCACAUGAUUCGCUCUGUAACGGAACUUGUUGAAGCUGGUGUGAAGAUCAAAGCGGAUGGGAGCAAACAAUUGCUUGACAUAACUUUUGGGAAAAAAUACAGUUGUCUAAUUAGGGAACUCACUAUUCCUCCUUUGUACAUCAAUGAUCACAGAGGGACUGUGUUUCGUAACAUAGUCGCGUUCGAGAAUUGUCACAAGGGUUGCGAACCGGAUGUAACAACUUAUUUGUUUUUCUUCAAUGGACUAAUUAACUCUGCUGAUGAUGUCUCUCUUCUUCACUACAAAGGGGUGCUUAACCAUUCUCUUGGCAACGACAACACCGUGUCCGAGUUGAUCAACAACAUUACCAAAGAAAUUGUUCUCAGCAAAAGUGAGUCGUACUUGUACAAAGUGGUGAAUGAAGCGAAUUCGUACUAUGGGUCCUGCUAUGCGAGAAUAAGAGCUUCUAUAGUUCAUCAUUAUUUAACUAGCUGGGUGGUGGGGGUUUCAACAUUUUUUGCUGUGUUGGUGCUUUGCUUGACUAUCAUGCAGACCGUUUGUGGAUUUGCAGAUGCCUUGAAGGACUUGGAAAACAAAAGGUUUUUGUCUCUCCUUUACGAUGCAGUUUGUUUCCCAGUUCGCGGUAUUCCUACUACUGUCCAUAAAAGAAGUGAAAGCGGUAUUCCUACUCCUGUCCAUAAAAGAAGUGAAAAUAGUACAUCUCAAGAUGCUGCAACAAAAUUUGAAAGUUGUUACUUCUAUAUCUACUUAUCUGAAUUCGGUUUCAGUUCUUAAUGGUAUAAAUUUUAAGGACUGGAAAGAGAAUAUGCAAAUUGUUCUUGGAUGCAUGGAUCUAUGUUGGAGAUGGUAAAUCAAUGGAGGUGGAAGCUAUAUGGAAUUUUAGAUUAUUAUUAUGUACUGGUUUUUUUAUUUGGAUUUGAAAGACACUUUUGUUGUACCGUCAUUUAGACAGAAUUUGGUUUCAGUUUCUUAUUUGGAAAAAUUGGGUUAUUUGUGUUCA